AUGAAAGUGGAAAGCUUGUGUUGUUGUACUGGAGAUGCAGAUACUUACAAACAAGAAAUAAAGGGGCUCCUGAAGAUGGCGUGGCCAAUGGCUCUGACACAGUUCCUGAUGUUUCUGCCAAUGUUUGUUAGUCAGAGUUUUUGUGGACAUUUGGGAAAGGAAUCAAUGGACGGUGUUGCAUUGGCAUCUACAAUUAUCAACGUAACAGGAAUGUGUGUAAUAACGGGCUUAUCUUCAGCGGCAGAUGCUCUAUUUUCACAGACCUAUGGAAGCGGAAACAAAGAAGAAGUUGGUGUUAUUUUACAGAGAGGUAUAUGGAUUCUGAUGCUGUCUUGCUUGCCUUGCUGGGCUUUGUUCUUGAACACUGGUCUGAUUCUUCAAUCAUUUGGAAUGGAUAGCGUUGUAUCCAGUAUUGCAGGACAGUAUGCGACGUUAUUCAUCGCUGGGUUACCGGGGUAUGGAUUGAACAUAUUACUGUCUAAAUUUUUGCAAGUACAGUCUAUUGUUUUACCUAGUCUGUUGAUUGGAAUUAUUAUAAACGUGGUUAAUGCAGGAUUCCACGCCUUGUUUAUCAACGCGAUAGGAUUGGAGACCAGAGGAGCGGCUCUUGCAACGACUUUAACUCACUGGUGUUCGGCUUUAUUUCACAUCCUGUUUAUCAUAUGCAGGGGAUACUACAAAACGACUUGGAAAGGUUGGAGUAAAGAGAGCUUAUAUGGUUGGGGCGCCUUUGUAAAGCUGGCUAUUCCAGGAUUAUUCAUGAUGUGCUUGGAAUUCUGGGGUCUUGAAAUCAUUAUUCUCCUGAGUGGCGUUUUGGGUAAAGUUGAUUUAGCAGCAAAUACAAUAAUUUAUAAUGUCGGGGGGCUGCUAUAUAUGAUUGUGUUCGGAAUGUCCGUUGCGGGAGGUAUCCGUGUAGGACUCUACCUAGGGGCAGGGGAUUCUAAAAUGGCACAAGUAGCAUCAAGGAUAGCUUUAUGUUGGGGAUUGUGUUUUGCUAUCUUCAUCGCUGUUUUGCUUGCCUGUCUUAAAGAUUACAUACCUCGUAUCUUUACAAAUGAUAAGGAUGUUUUAGCCCUGGCUUCACCUCUGAUGCUCCAGCUUGCAUUAUUCAAAGUUUCAGACACCUUACAGGCAACAAGCGGUGGACUGUUGCGCGGAAUAGGUCUUCAGGCUUUUGGAGCUAUUUUCAAUUUUGUUGGUUACUACAUCAUAUCAUUGCCCAUAUCAUUAUCAUUAAUGUUGGCAACGUAUCUCCGAAUUGCGGGUGCAUACUGGGGAAUGAUCAUUGGAUCUUCUCUAGUCUGUGUGAUAUACUGUGUCAGAAUUUUCGCACUCGACUGGGAGGAGGAGACGAGCAAGGCAUUAAAAAGGACUGGGGUUGAAGAAGCAGACAGAGACACAGAUAACAUUAUCAGAUCAUUAGAUGUAGCAGAUGAAAAGCAAUCAAUACGAAUGGCAGAUAUAAAUUUAAACGAUGGAACUGGUGGUGUUUGCAUAAGAUUCUUUGUUCGUGUUUGA